AUGGGCCGUUGGUGUGAUAUUCUUCUUGAGUUUGUCAGUCGUAUUGUACAUCUAGCCGAAAGCCGGUUCACCCCGGUACAGCUCAGUCGUCGGCAGGUGCGCUCUAGCGGUGAAAUGCGAUCUGGCGAAUCAGAGGAGGAUACCUUCAGAGUGCAUAGCUUCGGUUCUUCAUCUGAAACUCUUCAAGUUGGCUCCUAUUCUCUGCUAAUCCCUGGAUCUGAAAAGUAUCGUCAUUCUGCCAGCUCUGUCCAGACUGAUCACCUAGAAAUGCAAGCUGAACUCCAUCAUUUGAUUGUUGAUCAGGACUUUUUACGCUGGGUAAUGCAGCAACUGGCUCAUCUCAUUAUGGAUCUUCAGAACUCCGCUCAAUCAUUUGUUAGCAAUGCCUCUGAAGCUGUUAGUGUGGGUGGCGCAGGCGUUGGAAUAGUCGAAUCGAGACUGACUUCUACGGGUCAGAAUGCUCAGCAGAAGUGCUAUAUUCUAAUGCCAGUUAUGGUGAGUGAAAUAUGUCUGUGUUUAAUACUGCUUUUCUCUUAA